GACCACGGUACCCGGCAUCGGCAUCACACUACAUCUCCACAUACGUCAAGUAUACACAACGACCACAGGUUGAAGUUUGCAGAUUCGUUGUACCUAGAAGAAAUCAUACCAAACACGAAAUGGCUUCUUUCAAGUAUCUGAUAUUCAUCGCCUUGGCCGUGUACUCCGUUGCCGCCGAAGAAGGAGUGAGAGCUAAGAAACACGCCUAUAUCGCCGCUGCCCCAGCUCCGGUUUUGGCUUACUCUGCCUCAGCCCCUGGAUCGUUCUCGUAUGGAUACUCAGCAUACCCAGCAGCAUACCCAGCAGCGUACCCAGCAGCUUACCCAGCAGCGUACCCAGCAGCUUACCCAGCAACAGCUUAUGCCGCCCACGAAGACGAUGGCCAAUACUGGCCCGGAAAAUACGAAAAGGUCUCCCUCCCAGCACCUUACGUGGCUGGACACUCGAGCCAUCACGAAGACGACGGUCAAUACUAUCCCGGCAAAUACGAAAAAGCCUCCCUCCCAGCACCUUACGUGGCCGGAUAUCCGAGCCAUCAUGAAGACGAUGGUCAAUACUAUCCUGGCAAAUACGAAAAGGUCUCCCUCCCAGCACCUUACGUGGUCGGACACCCGAGCCACUCCGAAGAUGAUGGCCAAUACUAUCCCGGCAAAUACGAAAAGGCCUCCGUCCCAUCAGCUUACGUGGCCGAACACUCGAGCCACUCCGAAGAUGAUGGCCAAUACUAUCCUGGCAAAUACGAAAAGCCCGAACACCAUUACUGAAAACUCUCACACAACAAUGAUUCUCAUCCUUCCGUAGUCUUUUAAUUCGACUUUUAACAAUAAAAACGUGAUCUUAAUUUUUCAUCAAUCAA